CGACAACGUCCGUGCGUUAAUUUUUCAUUGACGACAUAUUAGCCUUGUUCUUUUUGAAAACAACAACAACAAUUGCUGUGAAUUUUUUCUCAAAUAAUUAAUGAACUAUGUAUUUGUCGACAAAGGCAAAACCUGGUAGAAGUCUCUAUACCAAAGAGGUGAGCAAUGCAAGAACACGGUUAGAUGCCACCUUACAAUUACUGGUGGACAAAAAAGAUGAAAGUGCUGAAAGCACUGCAGAGAGUGAUGAUGAGCCAGAUAUUCAGUUACCAAUUAAUGUACCAGUUGUUAGAAGUAGUGGAUCCCCGGCAGCGUCGCCAGUGAAGCGCCUCAUCCCCAGUAGCUCACAGAGAUCAAAGAAAAGAAAACGUAAACAUGAUAGCAUGGAUGCCACUGACGCAGGGUCAAAAUAUCAUCAUACAACUUAUAUCAUGAAGUUAUUUGACCGAAGCGUUGAUCUAGCACAGUUUAAUGAAAACACACCAUUAUAUCCCAUUGCACGAGCAUGGAUGAAGGACAAUUCUGCCACCGACGAGGCAGAGUCUUCACAAGGAGAAAGUAGUGCCGAUGAAAAGGAUGACCCAACUAAUGUGUUCAAGAUGCCCACACCAAUCAAGCUGAAGUUUGAACGAGGAGUUGGUUACCAAGACACGAGAAUACCACCACCUAUUCUGUCCAAUGAUGCACCUUUAGAUAUUCACAAGGAUCCUGACCUAGGCCCAGCACCGGAGGAGCUUUUAUUACGUCACAUGGCACGAUGGAAGAAUAUCCGACAGUCGUGGAUUAACGCAGCACGAAUAAAUGAACUCAAAUAUAACAAUAGUAUAGUGAUACUGAAAGACAUGUUUGAGAGGAACUUGCAGUCACAAGAAUCGUCCCAGGAAUGAUCAGUAUAUUGUGUAGUGACGUACAAACAUGUAUGAAAGUUAUAGAAAAAAAAUAAGGCAUGUUUAUUUCAGUAAGCAUUCAUUUCUUAACUCCUUACAAACUUCAGUACAGGAUUAGCAUCUUAGCUAUUGCAAAUAAGCAUGUUUUAUUACAUAAACAUUGUGAAUGGUACACGUAGCCAUUUUGAAUGUUAUUACACAAUCUAUAUGUUCUCUUACAUGAAAGAAAUGGUAGCGCUUUUAGCAACUGCUCUUAGCCAUGUGUUCAUAUGGUCUAAAAGUUAAAAUGGUUAAACAGUGCAAUAUGAAUUAAAAUCAUUACAUAUUUUGACAUGUCUUAUAAAAUCACUAUUUUAAGACAGUUUCAAGAUAAAUCAUGUAAUGUAAGGAAUAUCAAGAAGCCUGAUAAUGUUUUACAUUAUCAUCUUAUCAUUAUAUUAGUUUAAACAUAUUUUAUGUUUAUGUUAUCAUUAUAUUGAUGUUCCAUCAACUUUAUGGUUUAUGGAUUUUGUACAUGGAUGUUUUUUCUGAGCCACAAUGAAAUUUAUGGUUUAAGUUAAUAAGUUUAUAUUGUUUGUUAACAAUUUUUGUCAGUGAGCUUUGUUUGUAAUCAAUUUUGAUCAUUUUACUUAAUUUCUGAAAUACAUAACAAUAUAACAAUGUAUUAAAGAUAUUUGUACAUUUGU